AUGAUUUCCGGAUUCAGCUUCUCUGCCCCACUAAUUGUGGCCCUGACCCUCACCCUGCUGACCCUCGCUUGGGCGGAUGAGUUUGACGUUGACUAUUCCAACGAGUACGACGAUGUGCGACCCCAUCUGGUUUAUCCGGACGAUCCGAGGCUGGACAAGCGGAUCGGCGAUGCGGCCCGAGAGUUUGGCCAGAACAUAACACAGGCCUGGCAAUCGAUGGUGGACUCCUUCAAGAACUACUUCGAGGAGCUCAAGAACCUGUUUGCCGAUACCACGGAUCCCAAUGCAGCCAACGAGGUCUUUUCUGAUAACUAAAAGUUGUGGUAAUCAAAUUGCCAAUAAAUGCAUUGCAACAAAUGGACGCGAUAUAAUUAAACUGA